CAGACGUCUUGUUUACCGGACAACUCUUUUAUUUAAAACCACAGUAAUCAAUAAUACGGUUGAAUAAAUUCACCUGUGAAUAGCUUCGCUUUCAGUCAUGACUUUUCGAUUUGUAGUUCCAAUAUUAAGUAGGAAUAUUGAAGAAAUGCAAAGCCUUUUAGCAAACAAACGUAUAGUCUAUAAUGGAUGUGAGCAACUUGUCUCCAUGACAACAGAGUGAAAGGAUAAAAGCUUAGUAAUCUUAUUUGGUUUUACAUCUCUAAUUUACUCACUCGUUUUUCAAGUUUAUUGUCAAAAACAGAGAAGCUACUCAACACUUCAAUUCAUUGUAAUCAAUUGUUAUCUUACGUUUCAUCAAAUAGGUUCUCACAUGUAUGCUCUUGAAUUAGAAAUGGAGCAAAACUAUUUUUAUAAUGUUGAAAUGUACACAUUUACACAUAACAGCGCUUCAAUAAGGUUUUUUCUAGUUGGCAUAGUGUUAAAUAUCACAGGAGGAAAGUAUUAACCCAUGUUCAGGGUAAAUAUUUGUAGUAUUAUCCAGUCCACUUCCCUCCAGUCACGUCCCGACGUAACAACACAAGUGUGACUUCACAAACAGGAUUACUGUAUUCUUAAUCUCCAGGCCGCACUGAUAUUAAAUGUCCCUUGAGCACUUUGGCGACGCCGGGGGGGGGGGCGGCCUGAGGUGCGCGCUGCCAGCUGCCUGGCGCAGGGACCCCGGAGGCCUAUACCAUCCGAGGGCUUCUGCAUCGCUGUCAUUCCCGCCGGGGGGGGGCAGCUGACAGCGGCACCGACAAGGUAAGACAGUCGCUCUCUGAGCUGCAGAGCCUUGCUGUGAUGUCGGUGCUUUUGCAGGGGCUCUAGUGGACGUUCCUCUGUGCGUCGGACGAGGUAAGAGACUGAAUUAGAAGAAGCUUGUUUACUCCAAACAAUAGCCGACAUGCCGGAUCAAAGAGUUGUGUAACACAGUCAGCUGAGCCUCCCUCAUAGCAACUGGGAUAUUUGAACCAUUACACAUGCUGAAGCUGCUGUUCGCUCCCUUUCCCGGUAAGAUGGCUGGAGAAAUCUUCCCCGGCUCGGAUCACCUGUGCAACGCGGACCGCGCCAACGUCCACCCGCUGGUGUGUCACCUGUGCCACGAGCAGUACCAGUCGCCGUGUCUGCUGGACUGCUACCACAUCUUCUGUGCCCGCUGCCUGCGAGGACGGGCCAGGGACGGCCGUCUCAGCUGCCCCCUCUGUGGUUACCCGUCGAUACUAAAAGGGAAUAGCGCGCUCCCUCCAGAGGACCGCCUGCUCAGGUUCCUGGUGGACAACAACGCGGACGCUGAGGAGACAGUGCAGUGCGCCAACUGUGACCAGGAAAGCAGCCACAAGGACGCCGGGGGGAUGCACUUCUGCAACACCUGCAGCCAGCCGCUUUGCGGCGCGUGCAGGGAGUCGACUCACAGGGCCAGGAUGUUUUCCCACCACGAGAUCGUAUCCCUCGCCAAGCGCUCCAAGGCCAAGCACAGGAAGUGCUCGCUCCACGAGGAGCCCUACAUCCUGUUCUCAACGGAGAACACGUCCAUGCUCUGCAUCAAGUGCUUCAGAGACAUGCAAGUGGAGAGUCGGACUCACUGCAUCGACAUUGAAACGGCUCACAUGAAGGGGUGCGAGAUGCUGGACCGGGCCGUGCAGGCGGUGAAGGAGCUGCAGACCUCGGCCAGGGAGGCGAUCGAUCUGCUGAGGGCGAUGAUAGGAGAAGUGUGUCUGAAUGUGGAGGAGGAAGAGAGCGCGAUCUGCUCUCUGUUCAACAGCCUGCAGGAAAAACUGGCAGAGAGGAAGAAGAUUCUGCUGAAAGCAGCUCAGAGUCAACAUGCGGAGAAGGAGAAAGCUCUGAAGGAGCAGCUCUCACACCUCACUGCGCUGCUGCCAACCCUCCAGGUGCACCUCGUCACCUGCUCGGCCUUCCUCAGCUCAGCCAACAAGUUUGAGUUCCUGGACAUGGGCUACCAACUCAUGGAGCGGCUGAAGAGGAUCGCGAAGCUCCCUCACCGGCUGAGACCCGCGCAGAGCAGCAAAAUCAACACGGACUACAGGAGUGAGUUUGCUCGCUGUCUGGAGCCCUCGCUGCUGCUCGCCCAGCGCUGCCCUGCUUCUGCCGCCGGGCCUGUGAGCGUCGCCGCGAGGCACCAGUCGCCGCUCUCGGCGUCUUUCCGCUCGCCGUCCCUCAGCGAGAUGCCGCUGGGCUCGGUGUGCGGCCGAAGGCCCGCUUGUCGCCGCAACGUCUGCACCAAGGUGCUCCUGGCCGAGGGGAGGGAAACGCCCUUCACCGAGCACUGCCGCAGCUAUGAGAGCACCUACAGGACUCUCCAGACGGAGAUUCAGAACCUGAAGGACCAGGUCCAGGAGCUGCACCGGGAUCUGACCAGGCACCACUCCAUCAUCAACACGGGUCGGAUGGGAGAGAUCAUGGACAGGUCGCUGCGCAUCGACGGCCAGAUAGCCUCCACGCACUCCACCGUGGAGACCAUGAGAGUCGCGUUCGAAGAGAUCUGGGAUGAGACCUUUCAGAGGGUCACCAAUGAGCAGGAGAUCUACGAAGCGCAGCUUCACGACCUGAUGCAGCUGAAGCAGGAGAACUCUUACCUGACCACCAUCACCCGACAGAUCAGCCCCUACAUCCUGUCCAUCGCCAAGGUCGAAGAGAGGCUCCAGCCCAGGUUCCAGGAGGCCACGGAUCACCAUGACGACCGCACGGAAACCAUGUUGAAAAUCUACGAAGACGGCGCGCCGGCUAAAGACGGUGCAGACAGCGACAACCAGGUCUGUGUGGCAGACGCAGACCGACUCAAGAACCCGCCGCCGCCGCCGCACGCCGGCCCUCGCGUCCGCGGACGGCUCGGUCAAGACCGGCCGUCCGGUCAGGCCGAGGGUUGCCACGGAGACGACCAGCCACAAUGAGACGUCAAUCCGUGAACGAUCGCGUUUCUGUGUCCGGUCCUGGAUUCGGCCUUAAGGAGCCCGGGGACGGACGUCCUCGUCUGUGAGGCUCCGACCUUUUCUCGGUGCAGCGUUGACCUCGGACAGAGACGGACGUGGACAAAGACAACAAAGAAUUAGUGUCGUUCACCUUGAGGAACAGAGGGAAUUUCCUUUGGUUCCUCUUUGUGCGUUUAUUGUUGAAAUGAUUUUAUUGUUUUUUUAUUUGUGAAAUCUGUGUGUGCAGUUGUUUUUUUUGCAGAAUCAAUUUUUUGCAUAAAACAUUUCCGCGGCGGGAGGCCGAUGAUGGAUGACUGCCAAAGUCAGAUGACGGCACAGAUGGAACACGGCGAAGGCAGUGUGUGUGUGUGUGUGUGUGUGUGUGUGUCAGUGUAGGUCACAUGUUGACGUGUGUCUCCUCCAAAAUGAGGCAGUCAUUUCCCGCGUGGCGUCUGCAGUCGGAUCCUUUUUUUUCCCGCAGCAGUUUCAACAUCUCAAUGCAGGAAGUGGAACAGCUGGAGUUACAGAGGUGUGUGAGCUGCUCUCAACCUCAACCAUCUACUGCCAGUUUCUUUUUCUUUUUUUUCCACAUAUGUCCUCAAUUUUCCAUAAUGUCUAGAAAUAUAUUCCUCUUGCUUUGCCUCUCGA